AAUUGUAACUCGGUGUCCUCCUGAAUCCUGAUUCCUUCAUGUUCACCCAUUGAAUGGUCAGAAGCUUAUUUGUCGGCCACUCUGACAAAGGCUGCUUUGUAGCCUCGUGUUGGCCCCAUUUAGUCCAACUACCACAGGCAACAAUAGUUGAAAAACCUAGGGUAUUCUGGGGGAUAUGUUGAUCCAGAUCCAUUCAACUGAUGAAGAUCAGGUAUGGGCAGGAUGUCUCUGCAUAUUUCAAGCAGACAGAAGCUCUCAAAGACUCUGGUCUCGCAAUCCGAAAGUAUUGAGCUGAAUGCGCUUGUGGCAAUGCCACCAAGAUUGCUGUGUGUUCCAAGUGAAAUAUGGCGAACUGUACACUUUUUUGGUGAAGCUGUCACUGGAGUCAGACCCAUCAGUCUGGGGCCAUCUUUUGGAGGUGUUUGAUAUUUAGACUCUGCGAAACAGUUCACAGCAGCCAUGGAGUGUGCUUUUGCUGGUGGCACUUCGUACUCAUACGCGCUGACUGUUGGAGCUGCAGGAACCCUCAAAGCCCAGACUGCUGCCGUGGGCACUGCAGCGACCGCCAGCGGCGCAGCAGCGGCUGGAGCUAGCCUGACGGCUGGCGCUGGCAUAGCAGGCUGUGCUGCUGCCUUGGCGCCAUGGGCCCCAUGGGCAGCUGCUGCUUUAGCGCCGGCUGCUGCAGUGGCAGUUGGGCUUCAUUGGGCUUUGUGCGGAAUGGAUGCCAAGGGCCCUGCUGAAGAAGCAGAGUUCGUCAUGUAUCAGGCCCAGGGCGCUGUACCUUGCACCAUGCUGCUGGGCGAGGGGCGGUUCGGCAAGGUGUACCAAGUUGGCACCAGCGAUGGGCAUGUAGUCAAAAGGACAAAGGCAGAUGCCUCGUUGCAAGGCUUGGGCGGUGAUGUAAUCAUACCCUUUUACGGCCAUUGCGUUAUCAAAAAUGAGACUUUCAUCUUUAUGGAGCGGUGCUCAGGAAGCUUGCAAGGCAGAAGCUUCGGGGAGACUGACGCCGCUUGUUUGGUGUGCCAACUGUUUCGCGCAUUGCAGCAUGUUCACCUGAUGCGGCUUUUACACAAGCCGGCCAGCUGCUUGGUCAAGGCAUGGGCUGGGGCCGUUGCUUCCUGGAAGGUCCGCCUUUCAGACUUCGGGUGCAGCUGUGGCUUUUCUUCUGCAGCCACGUGCCACCAGCAGGAACCCUUGCAUUUUGGGCUCCAGAGCUCAUCGCUGGCGAAGCGCCUGCUGCAUCAGCUGACAUUUGGGCAGGGGCUACAACGGCCUGGGCUCUUGCCACGGGAACGAUGCCUCCCUCCGUUGAAACCCUUCAUUUUUUGAAGUACCCUGAAGUGAGCCAAUGGCCUGGGAGCGAUGCAUUUGGGCCAUUGUUUUUGGCAUGGUUGGAGGCAACCCUGGCAACCACAGAUCGUGCAUCUGCAACAAAAGCAUUGCAAUUGGAUUGGCUUCAGGAGGCCCAUGCUCUUCACACAUUGCUACCGCCAGCGCCGGCUCCGCCAGUUGCCGCCUUCCAGCCGAAAAAUGAAAACAACAGUAAGUUCUUGCGUCGCGUGGCCCCAAAGAGGGCUCUGGCCAACACGGCUUCAAGCAGCUCUGAGAGGUGAGCGGGCUUGUCAACUUGCCACUGCGGAAAACGCGACCGGC